AUGAGUACCACCCUCCCACCAAUGCAUGCCGCACUUUCGGUCCUUGGGACAAUGGCCGGCCAAUAUCUUGCCAGCCAAGCACAGGCUGUACAGGCUGCAGCUGCGCAAACAAAUAGCCUCUGCGAUGUCUGCCAUGCCAAACCCAAGUACUUUGAUGGAACGAAGACGCAUUCAUCCUGUAGCAAGACUUGUGCGGCUAAGAUGCCGAACCGAGGGACGACCAACAACCCUCCCCAGAAAAGGAAGAGUACGAAGCCAGCAUCUCAGUUGUGCGAUUACUGUCACAAGCAACCCAAGUACAAUGACGGUACCACUACGCAUUCUUUCUGUGGCAAGACAUGUGCAAAGAAUGCAAAGGCCGCAGGAAUAGCCUCAGCGCCAGCGAAGUCUCUGAAGAAUGGCUGUUUAAUUUGUGGGAGCCCUAAGAAGAAAGGGCACUUUUGUAGCCAGACAUGUCAUUCCAAGGCGACGAAGAAGGCACCGGUCCUUCUUGAAGUGCCGCAAGGGCACGAUACUUUCGGGAGCGUUUCUGACCAGUUUAAGGCCUCCUGGCGACACCAGACAUCAUGUCCCACUGUACGCAGAGUAUAUAAGGUCAUUGGACACCCAACCUCCAUCGCUAAAUACGAAGCAUACCGAGCGCAAGUCGAGGCUCGAGGGAACUUUGCUGCUACAGGGCGGUCGCCCGGAAACGAGAACCGCCGUUGGCACGGAACCACGAGGGAGUGCCUCCUCGGUGAUAAUGGGAAUAGCUCCCUCUGUUCUUCUCAAUCAUGUUCAGCUAUGUGGGAUCCUUCAUUCGGUGCGGGAAUCUAUACAUCAUCCACUUCGUCCAAGUCCAACGACUAUUCUAACAACGUGAAACCAUCGAAACUGAAGGCCGUUCUCCUCAACAAAGUUGUAGUCGGAAGGGGUUACAAGAUGAUGCAAGAUAACACCAGCUUGACUGCUCCACCACCUGGCUACGAUUCGGUUCUCGCUGAAGUUGCUACUGGUGGUUCCCUCAAUUAUGAUGAACUUGUUUGUUACACGGAGAACGCUAUCAGGCCUUCGUACCUCGUCAUGUACGACGCUUGA